CCAAAUUCGGUUCGAUGGUUGGGCAUCACCCUUGAUCCCUUGAUCGAUGACAGAUGAUGGACCAGUUCCGCCACAAGCCUUUUGCUCCUAACAUUCCUUCGUUUAGCACCCAUUGAUUUGGAUAAAUUGUUUUAGAUUCUCUUACAAGGAUGCAGGAGGGAGGAGAACUUUCUGAAGCCAAAGGAGACGAACCAAAGGAGGAUGAGCAAGUCGAAGAUGAGGAGGUGGUGGACAGCUGCGAAAAGAAGAUACCCCCUACCAUAGCCAAGAUCCCACCUGAUGAUGAUAUGAGUUCUUCUGUAGCUGCUGCUACCACGAAUACCACUGCUUCUUCCGUGGCAACCAUUCCCGCUCAAGUUGACGAGGCGGAAUCUAAGAUCUUUGAUAAGGUUAUCGAGAAUAUUCAGCCUCUACCAGCAGAACAGCAGGAACAACAAACUCGUUGUGACCGGCCCUCCCAACCAGGCGCAUUUCCAGUCACUGUUGCAGCCGGGGUAGAACGACCGCCGCCGGCUCCAUUGCUAGUCGAAGAAGAACAAGUAGAAGAGGAAUCCGGUCCUCCUCCUUUGGAGCCGCAUCACGAGGAAGCCGAAACAUAUCUUCCGGUGGCCACAGAACUUGCAGCCUCGGCCGAGCUGGUGGUCACCCGAGAAGAAAUUGAACAAGAAAUGGCGACCGAACUGGAAGAUCGGUUGCGCAAGGAAUUCGAAGAGCGACUGUCGCAGGAAUACGUUCGCGUCUCUCAAUGCGCCGAGGCUCAAACUGUCGAGAUCGAUCGUAGCGCGGCGUUUGACCUCGGCGACCGAAACAGUGCAUACAACAGCAACUACGGCAAUAACCACAACAACCGCAAUGCGUCUUCAGACUAUCCAAACAAAGCAUUAUCAGAUGCUACCCGAAGGAAGUAUUUCCUCGCCUCGACCAUCUUGGUGCUCGUUGUCAUCCUUGUGGCUGUCGUCGUACCGACAGCGGUCGCCAAGUCUUCCUCUGAGGACGUGCUUCUUGUCAGCAAUGAUACCUCAAUCACCAACAACCAAAUUGAUAAUGAUGCAACAUCUGCGCUAACCACGGCCCUACCUGUUCUACAGUCGGUGAGAGAACGGGGAUUUCUGCGUUGCAAGCCAGAGUCCCUGGAAGUCGAGAAAGGUGCUGGAUUCACCAUUGAUCUAUGCCGUGCCAUUGCAGCUGCUGUUUUCAAUGAUUCUUCCAAGGUGGAUUUCACCUACUUCACCUUCAAGGAACACUUUGCUGCCAUUGCAGAUGGAAGAUUGGAUGUAUCGGCCUCUCACGUGUCCUUGAAUAUGGGACGGGAUGUGCGAGAAACACACACACAUGUGGGCUUUUCCUAUUCCACGCCCUACAUCUAUACUGGUACUGGAUUGGCUGGUGUGCCCAACUUUGUGCAGUGUGCACAAGAUGCCGAGACAUUUGCCAACGACUGUCGACAUUUGCAAGUGUGUGUCAUGAUCAACACGGUCACACAGGACAUUGUGGAAGCUCAUUUACCUGGAUCAGCAACCAAACUUGUGCCUGGACACGGAGACCUAUUCCGACAAUUUGCCAAUGGAACCUGCAAUGUAAUUGCCGGGGAUACAGUUAUAAUUCAUGAACAACAUGCGCGAGAAGCUGGAUACACAGGGGAAUAUACAUUUGCAGACAAGUUGCUUUCGCAUGAACACUUGGCUUUGCUCACUCGACAAGACAACCCCGAAUGGGCAGAGUUUUGUGAUUGGAUUGUACGAGCGCUGGUAGCAGCAGAAGCCCUCAAUGUCACAGAUCAAACAGCAGCUGGUUUCUGGGACACAGACUUGUUUGGGCCAGAGUAUACUCAAAUGUUUGCCCAAGCCAUUGCGGCAGCUGGGAAUUAUGGCCAAAUGUACGAACGUCACUAUCAUGGGAUGUUGCCACGAUCACGUUAUAACUCAAUCAACACAGGAAACACAGGACUCAUUGUUUCGGACCCCUUGGGGACUCUGCAACUGGAUGAAGAAUCCCUGUCAGAAGAGGAGCUUCCAGGACCUGUCCCAGGGAGGACCAUGGAAGCUGUUGUGACUCGUGGGCAUCUGUACUGUGGUGUUAUCCUGGAGGACGAGGACGGAACCCCUCGGUCUGGUUUGGCAGAGUACAAUAGUACCUCUGGGGAGUGGUCUGGUCUUGAUGUAGACUUUUGUCGGGGCCUGGCUGCAGCCGUGUCAGCAGGCAAGGGCAUUGGCACAAUCUUUGUGAAUUUGUCUGACCCAAAGACUCGAUAUAAGGCACUUGCCAACAACACUGUUGAUGUUCUUGCAGGUGACCGAUUCACCAUGACCAUAGAUGUGCGGGAGCCAACGACAGGUCAAGGGUUCACUUUCACAACACCAUACUAUUAUGAAUCGAAGGGCACAAGUCCCUGUGCACAUGAACUGGUUACCAGACAAAAUGAUACUCAGUGGGCAGACCUUGCCCAAUGGACUAUACACGCAACCUUCUUUGCAGAGGAGAUGGGCAUCACUCAAGCUACGGCAGGUCAAAUGCCGGUGGUGGAACUGUUUGGCAUUGAGUACAGGCAAAUGUUCCGAGAUAUCAUUGGUCAAACUGGCAAUUACGGAGAGAUAUUUGAACGCAAUCUUGGUGUCCUACGGAAGGAACGAAAUCAACUCAAUGUAGAGGACACGCCUCAGUUUUUCCCCAUUUUGGACCCCUUCUAACGAAUGAUCAUUUGACUCAACAAAUACAACAGCAACACCAUCUAGUGAAGACUGCCUGAAGCACAAACGAUCAGAUACAUCGGUGUGCAAUCGUACACGUGUACCGAUGGGCUUGGGUUCAUGGUGUACUGUACCCGUGACCACUGGAAGCCGUCUCGUAUGAGCUGUGUCACGGACUUGGUGGUACGGGUAGCGGGCUGCCCUCGAAUCCAAGCUGAGGAUUGUUCUGAGCCAUCGAUCCAGCAGCUUCGUCUAUGUCUGCCUAGCGCGCAUGUUGACGGAAGAUUGGAGAGAUGUAAAAGUGUGUUCUCUAGGUCCUGCCUGUACGGAAGUUGUCCCUACUCGCGAGCCUGGCCUGACCCAGAGAUAGUAAUGCAUAGUUUUUCUCUUGUUGACCUACUGUACCGGU